AUGGGUGACCUCUGGUUACUCCUGCUCCUGCCCCUGUCCCUGGCAGCCUUACACGGAGUCAAAGGCUGUCUGGAAUGUGACCCCAAAUUCAAAGAGGAUGUUGAGUCCUUGCUGGCAAAGCUCAUACCCUCAGAUGUCCCUGGUCGAACUCAUUUGCUUGAACGGCAGAUUAAGGAGAUUCUCCGUAUAAGCUCCAAGGUCUCCCACGGGAACAAGAUGCUUCGGGUGUUGGCUGUCCAAAAUGUUGUCAACUUAAGAACAUGGCUGAAGAAUGAAUUCUAUAAACUGGGCAAUGAACCAUGGAAAGGUGCCAUUAUCCUUCAAGGCAAGCUUCUUAAUGUCCGUCAUGAUCUGGAAUCCAAACUGAAAGAAACAUUAAAGGCCUUCUCUGAACUUGCUUGUUCCGAAGAUUGCAUUGUGACUGAAGGUCCCAUCCUUGAUUGUUGGAGCUGUCUUCGCAUCACUACCCAGUGCUUCAAAGGGGAAUAUUGCGCAGAAGAGGAUCCAAAGAUGGUUGAAAAAAAAGAGAUUUCACUAUUUCUUAUAUUGCUGGCAGAAGGCGCAGUGUUGGGAAGCAUUUUGUUACUAUUCCAUAUUUGUGUCUCUCAUCGGAGGAAGAUGAAAGCAAUACGAAGGUCACUGAAGAAAUACUUGGAAAAGAAACUUGAAGAAUUGAUGGACAAGACAGAGGACAAGGAGGGGAAAUAA